AUGUCAGACGACAUCGCGGCCUCGAUUGGGCCACACCAGCUCUCGGUGCGAAUUAUCCAGUCAAGCAUCGAUCCAGAUAGCGCACAGCAGCACUCGAUCGCGGCAGUUUCCGGGGUCAUCGAGGAAGUGGGAGCGGACCUGGCAGAAGCAUUUCACACUGGGCAAGAAGCCAUAGCCUUCAUCCCAGAUACAGCCGCGAGCACAGGCACUGUCAGAGCGAACGGAAAUGCUGUCUGCCACAAUCCAGCCAGCAUAGAACACGAGCAGGCUGCCCGAAUGGCAGCCGCUUUCAUCUCAGCGCACGCAUUCGUCGCGAAGUACAAUGCUCUCCAACAAGCAUCACAUGCGGACACCGACAAGGAUAUUCCGACUGGCACGUCCAUCAUCUUGACUGGAGGCGAGACGCCGACCACAGCCAUCAUCUCCCUGAUACUCCGCAAUGCUGACCCAGACGCUCGAAUUCUCGUGACAGCGGAACUUGACGGCGAGGAUAAGCUUAUUCGACGUACGGAUCAAUACGUGAUCAGAUUUCGAGCUUAUUACGCUAUCGAUGGCUCCGCAGAGGACGCCUUCACACAUCUUGAGGCCGCAUCACAGCAUUAUACUGGCUCGAAGAAAGCGAAGGUUAUCUUGGAUGUCUCGGAUAUGUGCACUCGUCGCCCUGAGCUGCGUGAUGUCCUUGACGACGAUGGAGUUCUGGUGCAAGCUGGAAAGGUCGGAGCUCCCAUUGAUGAUAAGGGCAUGGAGAAUGUUGUGAAGGCCUUACGAGUCUUCCUGGAUAGCAAUGCAUCGGUCUUGUCAGAGCUUUGA